AUGACGACUAUGGGUGUCACGGUGUUCUGCAACAGAGUGCAACUGAACGGGAACGAUCAGGAGCAGUUGAUGCUGCUGAGGACCCUCCAGGACAACGAGAGCAACAUAAUCGGCAACCAGCCUCACCUGAUAGUCCCCAAGAACAACGGCAACAUGAACUCCACGACUGUGUUGCCCCCCUACGACCCCUCCAGACUGAAGAAACACGGGAAGAACGGUCAACCGCCGCCGGUGGCGGUCGCGAGAAGAAACGCUCGCGAGAGGAACCGCGUGAAGCAGGUAAACAACGGAUUUGCAACAUUGAGGCAACACAUUCCGAGUCACAUAGCCGCGGGGUAUGGAGACAGGGGCAAGAAACUGUCCAAAGUGGAGACCCUGCGUAUGGCUGUCGAGUACAUCAGGGGACUUCAAAGGCUACUCGCGGAGGCUGAUGGAUUGGAAUACGACGCCAACUUGGGUGUUGCACAGUGCAUGCCAUCGCCCACCAGCAGCGUCGUUUCUUCCAGCCACAACGGGUCCGGCGAGAGGCUUAUCCUCGAGGACGAUGUCCUUGCUGGCGAUGACGACGACAACGAGCACCUGGAAGACGACGAAGACAAUGGGAAACAAAAAAACACGUCCAGAUUGUCACCGCAUCGAACCGCGGUAGCAUCCCCGCGGGAUUAUUAUUCAUCCUCGGUGGGGGAUGAAGAGAACCUGGAGCCUAGGACUAUGUCAGGGGCGCAGAACUUUUCCAGGUUGUCCCCUAACUCGAUAGCCUCUCCACCCUCGGAGUAUUAUGGACAGAACGAGGAGAACCUCGAGCCGCAGACACUGUCGCCGUACAGUGGCGCCGGGGAUAGCGAAGAGGGUGCAGCCACCGUUUACGCAACGAGUCCGGAAACUUUCUCCGGGGCUCUCUAUUAUAAACAGGAGAUCACCGAAUCCGGUGAAUUCAUGGACGUUGUCAGCUGGUGGGAACAGGAGCAGGGUAGGAUGGUUCAUCAGCAGCACUCCCAACGCCUCACACACGUGUAA